UAUAUGUUCAUCUUUUGGAAAAUAAAUGUGCAUCCUUAUUUUUCUCUUAUAUACAACAGAAGUAAUGUUGACCAAUACUUAAAAGUUAAAACAGUGUGUAAAUCUGACAAUACUAUCCAUGAAAGGGGAUUGGUGCAACUGGACCAAUCUAAAACUUGUUAUUAUGAACUAAAAAAAUCAUUCCUUUCAGCUACAUUUCUUUGGCAUUAAACUCUUUCCUUCCUCAUAAAUGUUUUUCCCUUUUAAUUGGGAAAAAAAAGGAAUGCAAGAAAGAAACAAAAAAGUAUGAUUCUGGGAACCAAUUUUAAUAACUUGUUGAUAGAAUGCUUACUGGUGCUCUAUCUACUAUGACUUUUGAUAAUGCAUUUGACCUUUUUCAUCAUUAUUUUGUUCUGUGCAGAGGUGCAUGUACUGUGUACUGUAAUAUGGACACUAUAAAGUAGCAUAAGAUGAAACAAUUUUGAGUUGCAUGUAUAUUCUAUGGUAUCAGAAUCAAAUUAACCGAUUCAGUUUUAACCAAAUUGGUCAUUCAAAUUGCACCUGAAAUAGGAAUUGGAAGCACUUGCAUUAUAUGUUUCUGAUGUCAUACAAAUGGUUUUGGUUUUUUAAUUUCAUUUGAGAUUUACAUAAAGAUGGAAAUAUAAUCAUGCAUUUGUUGUUAUUAGGAGCCAAAAAUUGCAUGCUUUUCUUGCCUCCUCAUACCUCUCUUCUCUCAUUCACCACUUUAAAGUUAUAAACUCCUUCAAUGCACAUUGCAUCACUCAUUACAUAAUUCCUUCAAUCUUUUCAAUCUCUCUCUCUCUCUCUGUUUUUCAAGAAUGGGAAGACCUCCUUGCUGUGACAAAACCAAUGUGAAGAGGGGUCUUUGGACUCCUGAGGAAGAUGCUAAGAUACUUGCUUAUGUCUCCAACCAUGGAAUUGGAAACUGGACCUUGGUUCCCAAGAAAGCAGGACUGAACCGAUGCGGAAAGAGCUGCCGGCUAAGAUGGACUAACUACCUCAGACCGGAUCUCAAGCAUGACAAUUUCACUCCCCAAGAAGAAGAGCUCAUUAUUAACCUUCAUGCAGCUAUAGGAAGCAGAUGGUCAUUAAUUGCGAAACGGCUUCCCGGGAGAACAGACAAUGAUGUCAAGAAUUACUGGAACACAAAGCUGAGGAAAAAGCUUAUGAACAUGGGAAUCGAUCCGGUAACUCAUAAGCCGGUGUCACAAGUCCUUUCUGACUUGGGAAGCAUCAAUGGCCUCCCAAGCACAGGAAACCAAAUUGGUUUAGCCGCCAACAAGGAUUUGAUGAACAAUAUGUUACCAACCAGAACAGAACCAUCCAACCCAAUGGUGGAGCAGACACAAGAGGAACAAGCUCAAUUUUGGGAAAAUCAGGUGCAAUACCAAGUCUUGGCCUCAGAAUGUGUCCAACCAAAUGUAGUCUUCAGCGAAGCUGCUUCGUCGAGUUCUUCCUCAUCAUCCUCCAAUCUCACUCAAUUGAGCUCCCCUCAGCAGUCAUAUAACUGUCACAAUUCUCAAAUAACUCCUUGUUCCUCGUCGUUUGAUUGGAGUGACUUUCUUCAUGGUGACUCAAUCAUGUGGUCAGAGAUGCAGCAGUGUGAUCCACAGAGGGUUAUGUCAUCCAGUGAGGCAUUCGGCGCUGUUGCUUGCGGCGCAAGCAUGUGUGAAGGCCGUUCAAAUUCAGGGGAUUCAUUUGUGGAUGGUAUUUUGGACAGGGACAGUGAAAUAAGGGCAGCAUUCCCUGAACUUUUGGAUGAUGCUUUUGAUUAUUGACUCAUAAUUGCAUGCCAUUUAUUAUUAUUAUUUUCUUCUUAAUAAUCAAUUAGUUGGAUAAUCAAAAAGACAUUCACAUUAGAUUUCUUUCUUUGUCUUAAUUGAAAAGUUUGACAAUCUGUGUGGUUAUUAGUAUAU